AGAGAACGAAGAGGUAAAAGGUCAUCUAUUGAAAAGACGGCAUGGCUGGCGGCUCUGAGGAGGGAAAACGUACUCAGGGGCGACCUGAUGCUGACGAAACGAGUGAGGUUGCUUAUGGCGAGAAGGCUCAUGGAAACGCCGCGGAACCCAGCCAGGCCGCGUUCCCGCCGACUUUUAGCGUCUCCGAAAUAAAGAACAAGCAGCGGCGCCACUUCAUGUUCCUGCGCUGGAAGCAGCAACAGAAGAAGGAAAAAUUAGCCCUUAAGAAAAGGAAGAAGAAGGAACGGGAAGCCCUUGGAGAUAAGGCACCACCAAAACCAGAACCAAAAACCAUUGAAAACCAGCGUGUAUAUGAUGAAACCACAGUUGAUCCAAAUGACGAAGAGGUUACUUUAGAUGAAGCUACAGAUGAAUUUGCUCCUUACUUCAAUAGGCAAACUGUUCCAAAAAUUCUUAUCACCACAUCUGACAGACCUCGUGGGAGAACUGUAAGAUUCUGUGAACAGUUAUCCACGUGUAUUCCAAAUUCACAUGUUUACUAUCGAAGAGGACUGGCUUUAAAAAAAAUUAUUCCACAGUGUAUUUCAAGGGAUUUUACAGAUCUGAUUGUUAUUAAUGAAGAUCGUAAAAUACCAAAUGGGCUUGUAUUAAGUCAUUUGCCUGAAGGCCCAACUGCUCACUUUAGGGUGAGCAGUGUUCGUCUACGUAAAGAAAUAAAGCGAAAAGGAAAAAAUCCUACAGAACAUCAGCCUGAAAUAAUCCUGAAUAAUUUUACAACACGGUUGGGCCAUUCCAUUGGUCGCAUGUUGGCUUCUCUCUUUCCUCAUGAUCCUCAGUUUGUUGGCAGACAAGUAGCUACAUUUCACAAUCAGCGUGAUUAUAUCUUUUUCAGAUUUCAUAGAUACAUCUUCAAAGAUGAGAAAAAAGUGGCCAUUCAAGAACUAGGCCCACGUUUUACCUUAAAAUUAAGGUCUCUUCAAAAAGGAACUUUUGACUCCAAGUUUGGAGAAUAUGAAUGGAUUCACAAGCGCCGUGAAAUGGAUACAAGCCGAAGAAAAUUUCAUUUAUAAGAAUGAACACAGAAAUGACAUUUUGGUAUUUUUCAUGUCAACAAAAGCUUCUGGAAGACUCUUGAAGAUAUUCAGGUUAUACAUGGAGCACCCUCUCCCCGCCUUUUGACAUGGCCAUGACUUUGUUCUCUUCAGGGCUGAAAACUCAAGUUACUUUUUAUAAAUAAUAGAAGAUUUCAUGUUGGGGGAGAGACUGCAUCGGCCACUAUCUUCUUAUGUUAAAAAGUCACAGACCCUUCUCAGAAAUGUUUUGUAACUUAACUCUUUCUCAGCUUAUUCCGAAUUAAAAUAUAUCUAGUUUUGGAUGCUAAAAUAAGGUUUUAUGUUGGUUAUAUUGUCAAAAAUAAACAUUUUACGAAGGAAUCUUU